UCUGACUGUAAGAAGUAUCCACACCUGCUCAUUAAAUUCAUUCACCAUUCCACUGCUUACACUGUUGUGCUCACCUGAACUACACAGGACAUAACCUACUUGGAGACACCAACAACUGCAACAGUUUGCUCCCCUCUUUGAAUCGCAUUAGCUUAAAUAAGGAUUCAAUUCAGGAGAUAUUUAUCAAAGGAAUCAACACAAUGGAAUUGCUUCUAAUGGUUUUAAUAGCCUCUUGUCUAACUUGCCAACUUUGGACUAUUGGAACUUCGGAAUCUACAACUACUGACAAUACAAUAGUAUCAUUGCCUAGUAAUGCAAUAUCUUCAGGGAUAAAUUCAACCGUCACUGACGCAACAUCUAUAAUUACCACUCUCAGUACAAUUUCUGUGGAGUCAACCAACAACUACUCCACUGUUACUGGUUGGAAAAUAAAUUUGAGCACUUCCAUGGAAAGCACGAAUGCCCCACACACUACGUCAGCGGAAAACACUUCUCUAACUGUAUUUACAGAAACAAAUCACAUUGAUACAAGCAAUGGCACUACUGAACCAGCAGAAACCACCAGCCAGCUGAAUACGACAACAGCAAAUCCUAAUAUGACAUCUAUGGUAACUAAUGGUACACUCACCACAGAAUAUACACCCACAGCAAGCACAAAUGUUACAGAUUCUCGACCAACAAUAUUCAGCAACACUUCAACAUCUAGCCCAGGUAACAACGCUAGUACAAUUUCAACCACCUUACCCUCAUCUACCAACAGUACGACAAUCAGUAGUACAGCAACUUCUGUAACAACCACCAAUGAUUUCACCACUACUAUGACUAUCAAUACAACCAGUGAAGCAGCAACUAACAAUGGGAAAGAUCUAACGCCUGUGGGCAAUGAAGAUAAAGGAGGUGUGGUGAUCGGGGCCAUACUUGGCACCAUUUUGGGUAUCACCCUGGUCUUGCUUCUUGUUUACGUUUUGUGUACACGCAGAAAGUCAGACAACAUCAGCCAUCGCAGACUGUAUGAUAGUUUCCCCAAUGACCCAGUCCUUCGUCUGAACACAGAAGAUGCUGUUGAUUUAAGGUAUCAAGAAGGAGCAGCUUACUACAACCCUGCUGCCAUGAAUGACACAUCACCUUACAGUGGACAAUCGCUGGGCAAUGUAAAUUAUGGGAUUCAGAUGGAUGACUUACCACCUAUGUAUGGAAACGUCGCAUAACCUAAAUCACAAAACUUCUGAUAUGGAAACAAAUGAAAACCACUGGAGAGAAUGUACAGAUACUUUUGUUAUUGUCAGUAAUAACAACAAACAUGUUAAAUCUGAAAGAAUGGGCAAGUUUAUAUGUAUAAAAACAACAAAUUUGAAACUGUACUCACCCCAGACAGCCAUGAAAAUGGCAAAGAAAACAGUGCCUCCAUUAUCAAACAAAUGCGUAACCUGGAGGAAGAGAAAGAAAGGAAAUACUAAUUACCUUGUUACAGAAACUGCUCUCAAUCAACACACAAAUCCUCAGAGUAUUACGUUGGGAUUUCACACAACUUGUGGAUGUAGAGAAAGCAUUGUCAAUUUCAGAAACUUAAUAGUGAGAACUUUUGAUAAAUUAAUACUUAAAUGUUUUACUUAUACAUGAUGGCAUAGUUGACAGAGUUACAUAUAUUUUAAGAUCUUACUAUUAGAUAGCAUGUAAGUUUGAUGAGAAGACUGAUGUUUUGAUAUCAAUGUUUAGUCAAUGAUAAGAUUCUUUGUUUGUCACCAUUGCUGAACAUAAUUCCCAAUGAAAAGCAGAAAUGUGGUUGUACUGUGUGGCAUAGUAUUCAACAUUUUAGAAAAGACAUAGGUUCUUCAGUAUGUACAUUAAUCUUAUAAAUUAUUCAUAUUGCCACAUUUUGGAAGAAAUUAGUUUGGCUUUUCAUAAGGGUUUAAUUUGGUAUAAAAGCAACAUUCCAUUUAAUAUUCUUGUUUUUUUUAGGUGCACUGAAUCUCAUGUGCAGUGAUCUUUAAUGCUAUCAUUUUGAAAUUGUUAUCGCCCCAAUUUAAAAGAUUGGGGUAUCUGCUUUUUAUGUUCAUUCCUGCAGUAAUAUUGCUCAGCUUAAAAGAAGUUCUGACUCUGAGUAGUAUAUAAUUGCUUUGAUACUGCCUUGCCAAGGCACACUUAAUUCAUUUGUACACUAAUCAUGUACAAAUCAAAACUACUUCUGCUCAAUAUUUACAAUAAAGCAUAAAAGUGAUA